AUGAUAAAAAUAGUGAUGAGAACAGUUCUGAUUCUACAGGUAGUUGAUGAUGAAGACCGUGACCCUAUGUACGGAAAUGAUGGCAAAAAUAUUAGUAAAUGUUUAUUUUCAGGUGAUGAAGAAUAUGACCAUAUGUACAGCAAUAAAGACGGCAAAAAUAAUUUUUCAAUGGGUGCAUCUAAUUCAACAGACUUAUGCAAUAUAAUUAAUACUGAUAAUAGAAAACAUUCGUUUCAAAGUCAGCCAUUAUUAGUUGAAGAACAUGAAGACAAUAUCUGUAGUAAGACAAUUUCUUUAGAAAGUAACCUAAAUCGUCGUGAAUCUGGUAGUAAAAGUCUUGAAAAGCCAUCUUCAAAAAUGAGUCAUGAUGAUAAUCAAACACCUCAACACUAUGAGUAUUUGAGUACUAUUCAAAGCUCUUCAAGUAUGAGCUAUACCACGCCCGUUACAAAAUAUGUUCAUAGUACACAAAAAAAAGAAUCUGUUAGUAAAAAACGAACAACAGAAGAGCAAGACAACAUGAAUAAAAAGCAUAUAUGUGAAAACGCUGAUGAUCAGCUGAAAAUGAUGAACAAGGCAAUAAUUGGGCUUAAAUAUGAAUUCAAAAGUGUAUCGUAUAAUAUUGAUUCCUUACAAACCAUGACUAAAAAUAUUAUGGAUAAACUGUCCUCGAUUAAUUCUUUGCCUCAAUCACAAGACAGCGAUGAGAAUAAUGCUACCUUUGCAGAUACACUGUGGCCAAUUCAAAAUGAAAAUGAGCUUAAUGAACAAGAAAGGUUACUAUUAAAAGAGGAUCUAUCAGAAAGAAAUAUAAUAAUCAAGUAG